CAUACCAAAAGUUGAGGCAGAUAAUUUUAACUCUAAUGCAGAUAAUGGGGUCAAUAAAGAAAACCAAAGAGCAAAAUUAAAGAAAAAAAAUCAACCUUCUAAUAUUAUAUAUUGUUAUAAUAAAGCCAAAAAUGCUUACUUUAAGAAAAAAACUGUUAAACCUAACCCUU